AUGCAAGACCCUCAAAAGACUGUAUCCAGUGUGUACGGGGACGAGAGGGAAUCUGACAUCUAUAAACAGCAAAAAGUGGAUGGACAUGGGGUUAAUGGUGUAGGCAUGUCAAAGAGAUACAAAUGGUCCAUUAAAGAAAAAAAGAAGAAAAAGAACAAGAACAAGGACAAGAAGAGAAAACGAGAUGAUGAUGAAGAUAAGAUGGAUAUCGUUGGAGGCUGGUGGUCAGUGAAGAGUUUUGGUGAGAUCACAGGAACAGUGGCCAUUGAGAUGCACAAAAACUCCUACAUUCAUGCAAUGGAUACUGGACUCUUCACUGUAGGAGCUCCACAUAAAGAUGAUGAAGGCCCAGAUCCUCCAGAACAGUUUACUGCCAUCAGACUCUCAGACUCCAGGAUAGCACUAAAGUCAGGCUACGGGAAGUAUUUUGGUAUAAACUCAGACGGUGUUGUGGUUGCUCGAUCAGAUGCCAUCGGCUCCAGGGAGCAGUGGGAACCAGUGUUUCAGGAUGGUAAAAUGGCCUUGCUUGCUGCAAACAGUUGUUUCAUCUCGUACAGUGAGAGUGGAGACAUAGUGGCCAAAAACAAGACAGCUGGAGAGGAGGAGAUAAUCAAGAUCCGUUCAUGCACAGAAAGAGAGGUGAAGAGAAAAGACGAUAUAGCAGAUGAAGACAGGGGUGAUGUCAAGAACUGUGAGGUCAACUAUGUGAAGAAGUUCCAGAGUUUCCAGGAUCGGAAGCUGAGGGUGAAUGAGGAAGACAGCAGUUUGCUGAAAACAGCCAGAACAGAUGGAAAAUUCCACGAGGCACUGCUAGACAGGAGAGCCAAGAUGAAGGCUGACAGAUACUGCAAGUGAAUCCAGAAGUGUUUUUUUUUUCUUCUUCAUCGAUUAAAUUUUACAUUGGCAUGGAAUCACUGCCAUUUUUUUUUUAUAAUAAACCUAGUCACUUUUCACAAGAAAAUGUUUUGUUUUGUUGUUGUUUUUAGAUAGCCUAUAAGUUAUAUUGUUAUUAGAUAUGUCUAACAGACAUUUCUUGUUGGAUGACGGACCAUCACCUUCAACUCAACCUGGCUAAGACA